UUUUGCCGUUAUCUUCUUCCAGUUCUUUUCAGAAACCCUAUCCAUUCAAUAAAAAGUGUUUUCCUCUACUACAACACUGCAACUCCUUGGCGCCAUUAACAACGGCCACUUUUCUUUAAAUCUCUGUAACAACCCCAGAAAAAGGGGGGAAAUGAGUGCUUGCAAUAGUCUAAUUCGUACAUAUUUAUCUAAUCUUCAUUGUAAACUUGACUUAAACCCUAAACCCUUCUCUCUUCCUCUUUCACUUCGCCCCCUUACUUCAGUUCCUUUUUGCAGUCCAAUUAGUGCUAGUAGAACCCGAACGAGGUCUUUCUCGGCUUUACAAGAAGUAGCCCCUUUAGAAGAUGAAACCCCGGAUGAUUCGGCAAAGGACACCGUGGAACGCCUGCUGACUCACCAAGACGAUGUUUCAAAGAUGAUGAAAAUGGAGAGGAAAUCGGGAAUGGAUAUCCAUAGUAAGCUUUGGUUUCCUUACUUCGAUAGGUUUAUCUGUGGGACUGAAUCCCUGAGCAGCAGGGAAGUUAUAGAGGCGAUCGAACCUGCCUUGAUGGAGGAGAGGAAAGAAAGGUUGAAGAGGGUGGUGAGAAAUAGGAGCUAUUCAGUUUGCUUAGUGGUGGAAGGGUUGUCUGAUUUCGGAAAUGUUUCGGCCACGUUCAGGUCUGCCGAUGCCCUUGGCUUGCAGUCAGUUCAUGUCGUAUCAUGUGACAGCUCGAAAAGAUACAGAGAAAACCGACAUGUUAGCAUGGGUGCAGAGAAAUGGUUGGAUAUCGAACUUUGGAACUCUCCCAAGGUUUUUGAAGUUCUAAAAUCACGCGGUUACCGGAUCGCCACACACAUAGGAAUGGAUGCGGUAUCCAUAUAUGACAUGGAUUGGUCAAGGCCAACUGCUAUUGUAGUUGGGAAUGAAAAUAGGGGAAUAAGUGAUGAGGCACUGGAACUGUCGGAUUUGCAUUGCAGUAUUCCGAUGAAAGGCAUGGUUGACUCUUUCAAUGUUUCAGUGGCCGCUGGCAUAGUCAUGCACCAAGCUGUAUGUGACAGAACAAUGCGCCUGGGUUGCCAUGGUGAUUUGAGUGAUGAUGAAAGCCAAAUCUUACUUGCGGAGUUCUUAUUGCGUCAUAAUAAUAGCUCGAUCAACAUAGCUCACGAGUAUGCUAAGCGAAAGGCCCGUAUACCUCCCAUAGCAAGACUAUGAUGGAGCAGUCAAAGCAACGGAUGAUUUAUGUACGAUUAUGAUACAUUUCAUCUCCAAAGUCUCGGUAGAUGUUGCAGCCAAGAAGUGAAGAACAGCAGUUUGAUAAAUUCAUAUUAAACCAUCUUAGAAAGGAAGGGUGAGUGAUUGAGUUAACUCAGAUAUGCUAGAGUUGUCAGAUGCAAUGGACUGAGUUAAAAGAAUUGUGAUUUUUUAUUGUAGCUGAUGCAGUAUUCACAGUCU